CGGCCUGACUCGGGCGGCCACACUGCCGCAGCCCCAGCCCUGCCCUGGCACUCCGUGCGCCCGCCGCCCGAGCCGCCUGGCCUCUUAAGUUCCUAUUAUUUUAGUUACUCAUUUCUAUUCCCAAUCCUGGAUGCAGUUGCUGGAUUGUGCAGUACAAGUCUUCAUGAACAAGCUGCACCGCUCAGAGAUUUCACGGCAUUCACAGGUCACAGAGCUGCCACUAUGGUUAAAUGUCUUGUUUAAUGGUUGAGAGGUGCGGAGAAAUCUCAUUUGAUAGUCCUGACCAGAAUGCCAAAUGUGUGCGCAUGCUAGGAGAUGCACGGGUGAGAGGUCAGACAGGGGUUGUCUCCGAGCGCCGCGGCUCCUACCCAUUUAUAGACUUCCGUCUUCUUAACAAUAGUGCACUCUCAGGGGAAGUCGGCACCAAGAAGAAAGUGAAAAGACUGUUAAGUUUCCAGAGAUACUUCCAUGCAUCCCGGUUACUGCGUGGAAUUGUACCACAAGCCUCUCUCUACCUACUGGAUGAGGACUACCUUGGGCAAGCAAGGCAUAUGUUAUCCAAAGUGGGAAUGUGGGAUUUUGACAUUUUCUUGUUUGAUCGCUUGACAAAUGGAAACAGUCUUGUAACACUGCUUUGUCACCUCUUCAAUGUGCAUGGACUUAUUCACCAUUUCCAGUUAGACAUGGUUACAUUACACAGGUUUUUUGUUAUGGUUCAAGACGAUUACCAUAGCCAGAACCCAUACCACAAUGCUGUCCAUGCCGCUGAUGUCACACAAGCUAUGCACUGCUAUCUGAGGGAGCCCAAGCUUGCCAACUUCCUCACCCCAUCGGACAUCAUGCUCGGACUGCUCGCUGCCGCAGCUCAUGACGUGGAUCACCCAGGGGUCAACCAACCCUUUCUGAUUAAAACUAAACACCACCUUGCCAGCUUGUACCAGAACGUGUCGGUGCUGGAGAACCACCACUGGCGCUCCACCAUCGGCAUGCUCCGGGAGUCACGGCUGCUCGCCCACCUGCCCAAGGAGGUCACACAGGACAUUGAGCAGCAGUUGGGCUCCCUGAUCUUGGCAACAGACAUCAACAGGCAGAAUGAGUUUUUGAUCCGUCUGAAAUCUCAUCUUGACAAUCAGGAUUUGAGGCUGGAGGAUGCGCAGGACAGACAUUUUAUGCUUCAGAUUGCACUCAAGUGUGCUGACAUUUGCAAUCCCUGCCGGGUUUGGGAUCUGAGCAAGCAGUGGAGUGAACGGGUCUGCGAAGAGUUUUACCGGCAAGGUGAUCUGGAACAAAAAUUUGAACUGGAAAUAAGCCCCCUUUGUAAUCAGCAAAAGGAUACAGUACCAAGCAUCCAGAUUGGAUUCAUGACAUACAUCGUUGAGCCACUCUUUGAGAGGUGGGCCCAGUUUACAGGCAACACUCCCCUAUCUGAAAACAUGCUAAACCAUCUCAGGAGGAACAAGGCCAAGUGGAGAAGUUUGCUCCACAAGCAACACAGCAGUAGUAGGAGCAACGACCACUCAGGCCAAGUGACUGGCAGCCAGGAACAGACUUUAAAUGAAGAAGAGACUCCUUAGUGGCAGCUUUGCACUUUUCCUUCUAGCACUGCUAUCUCCGUCUUGGUCACAGCAGCAAAAACGGUCCCGAGGAGCUGGAGCCUGUUGUCAACACCGUGCAAAGGCAAGAAAUGGCAAAGCUCUAAGGGUCCUCAUGAACAUGCCCAUGGUUCUGCUGGGUUUCUUUCUGAUCUUCACGUUCCUCUCCCCUCUCUCCAUUCUGCGCAUGCCUGAUGCCGUUAGUCACUCCUGAUCCCGAUCUGCCCAACGUGGAGUCCCAGCCAGCAGCCGGGAAGCCAGGCCAGUUCCAGCUGCCAUGAAGCAGGGAGGAUUGCUGAGAGGACAGGGGGCACAGAGAGGCACUCUUGGUGAUUUUCUCAUUUACCACAAGUCAUUUUGUGACAUAUGUAUAUAGGCCCAGAGUGCCACACCCGUUCUAGGCUGGCAGCUGGGCUGCACAUGAAACCACCAGCAUCUCCAGCAUCCAGAGGACAUGGACCGAGCAGAACAGUGCUCACAGGGGGCAGAGAGUCGGGUUGUUUUAGUGGAUAAAAACCUUUUUAACUUUUGUAUUCUGUGCACUAAACACCAGAUCUCUAAAUCUUGGACUGAAGUUACUCUCCGUAUACACACCUUCAGUGUAACAAGGCUUGUUUUGGUAAUCAUUUUUAUGCCACUUUGGAUAAAAGACAGGCAUCUUCUCAUUGCAAGGAACAGUAUUCCCUCGCAGCCAAAAGGGAAGGUGUAAUACAGUCUAAACCUUUGAAACACAAACAGAUCUAUCUUUUGAGUACUGUUUCAAGUUACCUGUUUAUAUUCAUAUGUGUACAUUUUCUGUAAAUAGAAAGCGCUACUGAUUCCCAUGCCAAAAUACUGGAGUACUGUGGGAUGAUUGCUACCUGUAAAAACAUUGGCACUGUGAACAGAAUACUGUUAGUUUUAAUACAAGAGAAAGCAUUUGUAA